AACAACACAUAUGCAAUGGAUGAUAAGGAGCUGAAAUAUGUCUACCAUCAAGACGGACAGCAAUCAAUUGAGGUUUUGCCAACAUUUGCUAGUUUAUUUUCUGUUGCACUUCUGCCAUUGAUUGAACAGAUGCCGGGUUUGGUAUUUGAUCCUCGCCUUCUAUUACAUGGGCAACAGUACAUCGAGAUCUACAAAUCUCUUCCUUCUAAUGGUUGUAUACUAAAUAAGGCGACAAUUUCUGGGUUGCAUGAUAAAGGUAAGUCAGCAGUUCUCGAGGUCGAAAUAUCAAGUUAUGAAAAAGAGUCUGGCGUAUUGCUCUGCAUGCAACGGAUGGCUCUCUAUUUUCGGGGUGCUGGUGGAUUUUCAAAAUCAUCCCAGCCUUACUCUUUCACCAAAUACCCCUCCAGUCAGACAUCGACUUAUAAAAUUCCUAAAAGUCAACCAUUUGCUGUAUUUGAAGAACGCACACAUCCGUCACAGGCCCUCCUUUACAGACUUUCUGGUGAUUACAACCCAUUGCACUCGGAUCCUAGGGUUGCUGAAGUCGCUGGAUUCUCUCGUCCAAUCUUGCAUGGACUGUGCACACUUGGGUUUGCAGUCAGAGCCAUCAUCAAUAGCAUCUGUCGGGGAGAUCAAAAUAUGAUCCGGAACAUAACUGGGAGAUUUCUGUUACAUGUCUACCCGGGCGAAACAUUGAUAACAGAAAUGUGGGUCGAAGGCUUGAGAGUGGUUUAUCAGUUGAAGGUCAAAGAACGAAACAAGGCUGCACUUUCUGGCGUCGUCACUCUUAACCGCUUCGCCUCUUCUCUGUGAUCUCAAGCAUUGCAGACUUUGGCUGUGCCUCUACCUCUCUUGUGCUUUUAAUGGCUGAAUAAUAUGUUCAUUUAUUAUACCUGAUUAGUGGAGCAAAAAUAAUUGUAACCUAGUGAUAUGAUAUCUAAGCUUGUGAUCGAUACUGUAACAUAUAUUGAACUUUAUAUAUUACCAUCGAUUAUUAUUCUGCAAAAA